AUGAUUUUUUGGUAUAACUUCUUAUCAUUGCUGAUACCAUUAACUACCAGUGAAGAAACUUUUGAAUUUUUCAAGUCUAGAUGUGAUUCAAAGUGCACUUUGCAACCAUAUCAUAUUGAUUCUGAAUCGAUUUCUUUGUUUCCAAUCGAUUGCAGUUCAGUCUGCGCUUACAUUUUGAUAGACCAAAACUCGGAUCUCACAGAAAAUCAACUGAAAAACUAUUUUAGGAAUAUGAGAACUUUGUAUGGCUCCGUGAAAAUCAAGGAUACAAAUUUUCCAAGUCUCAAUUUUUUGUCAAGGUUGGAGACUAUAGAAUGUGAAACCCCAAAAGACCUCAUUUUCAUUGAAUCCCAAUCAACGGUCUCCGAAAUCGGUUGGACAAAUUUUACCUCGACUUCUUGUGACAUAUACAUCAGAGCAGACACGAUAAGAUGGAAUUUACCCAAUUUAAAAAACUUCUACUACCUGACUCCGACAAAUUUGCUUCCCGUAUUUCACUCGUCCAAUACAAAUAACUCGUUUUUUUGCAUCACAAUUCAAGAGAUUUCAAAUCUUGUAAAAAGUGAAAAUUUAACAAUUUCGAAUAUCUAUGGACCAUUUUGCAAUUUUACCGACACAACCUUCGACAAUGAGAGGAUUUGUACAAUUCAGAAUUUUCGUCUGCAAAAUUUUGAUUCAUCUUGUAAGCGGAUAAUAGGAAAUGUUAUUAUUGGAACUGGAGACGAAGAAUAUGUAGAAAAAUUAAAAAAUGUUACAUGGAUUUAUGGGUCUGUACUAGUUGAAGGGACCCAACUAGCAAAUAUUGACUUUCUCGAUAGCUUGGAAUAUGUGACAUAUUUCAAUCUUCCAGUACAACUUAUUGGAAUCAUCAAUAAUCCCAAUUUGGCAAAUGCAACCUUUCCAAAGUUAAAGAAAAUCCAAUCGGACAACAAGUUUCUGAUGAUAUUCCAAGGAAACCACCCAGUACUUCUCAAAGAUCCAAACUUUUGUAAAAGCAUCAAAAAGCAGCUAAAUUCUACGGAGUGGCAUGCGCCAUCGGUUGACGGGAAGAGUUGCGAAGAAAUCGAGGAUGCUCAAAGUUCCAACAAUCAAAUUGGAGUACUGCUAGUUGUGAUGAUAACUAUGAUUUUGCUGGCUAGCAUUCAUGAAUUCGGCAAUGCAAGUGCGGAAGAAAUCAGUGGGAUUUUUGCGAUACUUUUUCUGUUUCCACUGGCGGAUACAAAGGGUCGGAAUUUAGAACUUCUGACGUCCAUGAAACGAGAAGACAACUUAACAGAUGUUAGAAGUUUGAGCUUGAUGGAAAUUUGGAGACAUGAUUCUAUGCGGCAGGCCUUGAAAAUGUUGAUUGUUGUACUUAUUUUCAAUAUUUUCGACACAACUUCUGUUAUGGUCAUCUACACAAUCCUUCUUCAUAAAGAGGCUGGAUUUACGGUUCAAACGGCUAUGAAUAUCACUCUCAUUAUCACAGUCAUAACUCUUCCAACCAAAUUUUUCGGUACUUUUAUGUUGGAUGGUCUGGGAAGGGGACCGACGCUUUUCAUUGCUGGUGUUAUGCAGUAUACAAAAUCGAUUUUGCUCUUAUCGACUCAAACUACAAUUUAUUUUGUUGGCUCAAGUCUACUGACUCAAGGAAUUUUCGGAUUUAAUUGCAGAAGUGUUGAACGCACUAGUUUUUGCUACGGGUAUCAACUCUAUAGCUAUACUUUUUGUUUCGGAACUAUUUCCACCAAGUGCAAGAACAGCCAUAUCCCAGGCUCUAAUGGUCAGUUACAUGUUUCUAAAUGCUCCAAUAAUCACCUUGUUUCCAAUUUUCGACUCGAUUUUCCCACCAAUUUUUUUUCCAUUUUAAUUGUUCAACUAGUUUUUGGAGUUUAUCUGUAUCGGUACAUGCCUGAAACUCAAGGGAAACCAGUCUACGAAAUUAUUGAGUCUAUGGAUAGAGAUAUGAAAUCCAGGAAAGCGACAAUGGUUGAUGAGAAAACACCUAUUAUCAGAGAUCGGGCUUUGACAUUUCAGGGUUCGACCUGCUAA